UGGUUUAAUAGUGUGAGGGUUAAAUGAGCUGCGUUAAGUUGAUUUUUAUUGAGAAGAUCAUCAAGAUAUCACGCCAGUAGCAUGGCUUCCCCUCCUACCAAGCCAUCAUCUCCGCCCCUCAAGAGGGCCAAAUUGAGUAAAGGAGCACUGUACAAGCCACCAACUAAUGAGGAGCUGAACACACUGAGAGAAACAGAAAAUUUGUAUCGGUCCAACCUGUUCCGUAUGCAGAUGGAAGAGUUGAUCGGUGAAGUACGGGUCAAGGAGACAAAGAAGCAACUCAUCACAAAGAGCCUGCAGGAGCUGAACGAUAUCCUGACAAGCCUGCCAUCGCAGGAGGUAGACGAGAUAACUGAUCCAUCUUGGCUUCCAAAUGAUAUCAAGUGCCCAACAUCCUGGGACCGCUCGCAGGUCAGAGGUCAGAUGUCAUUCCACAAGCCGGCUUCGGUGAAAGUGGUUGGGAGCUUCCUAUUGGACAUACUGACCCAGCCUGACCUCAGUAUCGACUUGGCAGUGGAGAUGCCCCAGGCUUGCCGACAACCCAAAGACUACCUGAACUUCCGAUAUCACCACAAGAGGGCGCUGUACUGCGCAUACCUGGCCAAUCAGCUCAGAGGUCAUGACCUCGUAGAAUCGGUCAACUAUUGCUGGAAGGAUGCCAACCACAUGAGACCCGUGGUCGUACUCAAACUUGCCGGGAAAAACGUCAAACAUAUUCAAGUUAAACUGCAUCCGUGCCUGCCAGAGAGUAACUUCAAGAAGUCCAGACUUCUCCCAAGCAAGAGUAACAUCCGUAAGCAGUGGUACACAGGGAAGAGUGAGAUUGAAGAGACAUUUCCAGCCACUCCCUGUUAUAACAGCUCCAUCCUAGCCGACAUGUCCAUGGAGAGCCACCUGCACAGUCUCUAUAACGCUGCCGUAGACUUCCCAGGCUUCAAAGAUGGCAUACUGCUGUUGAAAGUCUGGCUACGUCAGCGCCAGCUGGAUAAGGGAGCACACUCAUUCAGCGGGUUCGUCAUGUCCAUGCUGGUUGCCUACCUCUUGUCCAAGCGAGUCCUUAACAAGUUAAUGAGCGGGUACCAGGUGUUCAGGAACACCGUCCACUAUCUGGCGGGUAGUGACUGGACCACCCAUGGUAUCACCCUCUGCUCAGACACCUCUGACAAACACCUCCCAGCCCUCAAGGACUUUCAUCAGCACUUUGACGUCGUCUUCUUGGAUUCCUCUGGCUACCUCAAUUUCUGUGCUGACAUGACCAAGGCUACUUUCCAGCAGGUCCGUCAUGAGGCUAAUCUGGCCAAGGUCUACUUGGACACUCCUGCCAUUGAUGGAUUUGAUUCUCUCUUCAUGAUGCCAGUGCCAUUCGGAAGGAAGUUUGAUCACAUCUUUCACCUGGAUAACUUGGGUCAGCUGAAAGAGUCUAGUAAACGCUUCAAGCAGCUGGAGGACCCUCUGCUAGACCAUGGCGGGGACCGCGUGAAGACGUGUCUGCCAAGACUGCUAGCGUUGCUGCAUCGUGGCUUGGGGAGCAGGGUGGAUAUGAUAGCAGUACGUCUCCAAGAAGAUAAACAGUGGAAGAUUUCAGAUGACCCCCCUCAACCAGAGGACAUGGGUCCUUUGACCUUUGGCCUGCUUCUCAAUCAAGAAUUUGCCGGCAGCGUGUUGGAGAGAGGACCAGAGGCAAACACACCGGAGGCAGAGGAAUUUCAGAAAUUUUGGGGUGAAGGCUCUGAGCUGCGUCGAUUCCAGGACGGUUCCAUCUGCGAGGCCGUGGUUUGGCCAGGUCAGACGGCUGCUGAGAAGCGGCUCAUCUGCAGUCACAUCAUCAAACACCUCUGCAAAAUUCAUGCAGGAAUUUCACCGGACACGUUAACCUACGUUGGUGACCAACUGGACCCCAUCCUCCACCAACCUGUCAAGGGCACACCACAGCCCACACCGGACAGCAAACCCCAGGACCCAUCCCAGGAUCCCCACCCUGGCACAGGAGAGGAGGAGAACAUGACUUUGGUCCAGGCCUACAACGAGGUCUGCAAGGAUCUCAGGGGGCUGAAGGGCUUCCCACUGGUCAUGACGUCAGUGCAGGGAAUCUCCCCUGUGCUGAGGUACACCGAGGUAUUUCCACCCACUCCAGUUCAGGCCAGGAAAUUGGUUGGCAAAGCCCGCAUCCAUGGUUACAUUCAAGUGCCUGUCUCAAAUCAGCCCUGCCCAGAUUGGGUACCAGCCGUCAAAGUAAUCUGCCAACUGGAAGGCAGUGGCAAGUGGCCAGAUGACCUUGCAGCCAUCCAGCGAAUCAAGGCAGCAUUCCACAUCCGAUUAGGACAACUGCUGCAUAAUCAGUGUAAACUGGUCACAUCAGCCACACCCAAAUACGUCGAUGUUCUCAAGGAGGGGUACGUGUUCCGCGUGGAGGUCGCUCACAGGCGAGAGAUCGGCCUCUUGAAGGAGACCGUCACACCUGACGGGAUGAAGGUGCUGCGCGAUAAUCCUCAGUCUCUAGAGCUGGAGAUCAGGACGGUGAUGUUGCCACGACUCACCAGCACGCUGCAUGGGCUUCAGCAACAACAUGUGCCCUUCUCUGGAACCGCCCGUCUAGCCAAGCGGUGGCUGUGUGCCCAACUUCUGUCCAAUCAUGUGCCAGACGAGGCCAUUGACCUCUUGGUGGCUUACCUGUUCCUCCAGCCAGCUCCACUUACAGUACCUGGUUCUCCGUUGGUUGGUUUCCUGCGAUUUCUCCACCUGUUAAGCUCUCACGACUGGCAGUCCACUGCCGUCAUCAUCAAUCUCAACAAUGAAAUGCAAGAUUCGGACUACGAUGAAAUCCGCCAACAUUUCACGGAGCAGAGGAGCCAACUCCCACCCAUGUUCCUAGCCACGCCCACUGACAAGCUCAAUUCAGUGUGGACCCAGAAACAGCCGACAGCUCAGAUUCUUCGCAGAUUACUAGUAUUAGCAAAGGAGUCACUACGAGUCUUGAUGUCACAGAUGAUGGUUGUAGACACCAAUGUGGACUUCAAGCAAGUCUUCAGGCCACCCCUUGACUUGUACGAUGUGGUCAUCCACCUGAGACCCAAGCUGGUCCCUCGACGAGGGGAAGUGGUGGACAGGAGUAGCGGGGCACCAGGUCAGACGUCAAGUAUGGAGGGGAAUCUGACAGAGAAAAGCUCUCAGUUGCCAGUGGUUGACUUUGAUCCAGUCUCUCUUUACCUCAAGGAAUUAGAGAGUUGCCAUGGUGACCUAGCCCUGUUCUUCCAUGAUCGUCAUGGGGGUUCAUUCAUUGCCGUCUUAUGGAACCCUAAUGCCUUCCAACCUCAACCAUUCAAGGUUCUUCAAGCCAAGGGUAUGAUGCCACAACCGAGCGCUUCAACCUCCAAAGAGGUCGUGGUGACGCCCAACGUGGAAGCCAUCAUAGAGGACUUCAAAAUACUGGGUCAAGGCCUGGUGCAGUCGGUGGAGAUAAGGACAGAAAAAUGGGUUAUAUGAAGAAUGUUGCAGUACUUAGACAGGGCCUUGAGCUGUCGGUAGAUAUAUGGACAGAAAAGGGGUUGUAUCAGGACUUCAAGAUUUUCAGACGGGCCAUUUGCAAGUCAAAUUUGAAUCAAAUCUGGUACACCGAGUUAUCUGAGUACACAUAAACAACAAGUUGAAUUCCCCAGACUAAAGACACUGUUGCUGUACUUCGUGAUUCAGGGCAAGCUUUUGCAUAGCGACCACCA